AUGGCCACAGAAAACGAUACCCUUCCUCUCCUUCCCCCACCCGCAAACGAUGAUCCUCCGUCCUUCGACUCCCAUCCCGAAUUCUACGCCCCCGCAGCUCGCCAGCGUACGCGGUUGCAAUCCGCCCCGAACCUACCGCCCACAGACUCCUCCCCCAGAGGAUCCCCCACCAACCCGUUCAGACCGCCCCAAAACAACCUCAAUCAACAAAGCCAAGACACGGACGCCUACACGCCAGCCAAAUACCGCGGCCAUGCUACGGAGGAGGAAUAUUUGGCCGCCUUGAGGGCAUGGGCGGAGGAGAAACUGUAUACGCAGCCGGCGGACAAGAGCACGCUGGUGGGGUUCUACGGCGCGGAGACGAUGAAGGAGCGGAUCGCGAGGCAGCCGCCGCCGUUGAAGAUGAGGAUCGGGAGGAAGAGGAAGGAGUCUAGGGCCGAUGAGAGCGCUGUGCGGGAAAGGCAGGGAGCGCAGGAGGAUGAAAUGGUAGAUGGAGAGAUUGCGAGGGAGCGAGGAAAUGGGGAAGGGGAGGGGAGACGUCGGAGAAGCAGUCUUGGGAAUUGGCUGAGUCGGAAGAGGACAAAUUGA